AUGACGUCAGUAAUACAUCGACCUCGCCAAAGCACAUGGAGAGCUAUCUCAAUGGAUGAAGCUUAUCAGAUAUUGGCUACAGAAGCUCACGAAGUCACUGUGGAAGAGGCGGAGUUCAAAAAAUUGACAACAGGUAAGUUAACAGUACAUUAGGUGCUCGAAAUGUAAAAUACGGAGGAUAAGGUUGGUUAAAUGGAAGAAGAUAUUAAUGAUGUUGUUAUAGGUGACAUUAUAGCUGAAGAAAUAACGGCGCCAUGGCCGCAUCCUCGGUUCAAGACGUCUAGAAUGGAUGGAUAUGCUGUCAAAGGUACUGAUACGCUAUAAUACGACGCGUCGCGACGUCUGUUUUAUAAAAUUUUGCUUGCUAUAGCCUUACGUAUUAAUUUCAGCAUCAGAUGGAGUUGGUGACUUCAAAGUUCUUGGAGGUAUAGUAGCUGGACAGUCGGCCAAGUCACUGAAGAUACCAGAGAAACAUUGCUUUCGUAUCAAUACUGGGGGAAUUGUACCAGACGAUGCAGAUUCUGUAGUACCAGUUGAAUAUACGAAGUUGUUAAAGCAUAAUGUAAGUUAUUUCCUCUUGGUUAUGACUAACAUACUAACGUUGGAGUAUAUCGCAUAGUAAUCUAUGGAGUAUAUUUCAGGAAACAGAAGAGCUUGAGAUAGAAAUUUCUUUGAAGGUAACGCCCGGUCAGAACAUACGGUGAGUUACUACAGUAAAUAAUGUUAAUAUAGUAUUCAAAACAGCUAGAUUUAUGUUAUUUUAACCGUUUAAUUUAUCACAAUAUGAACUUAUCGUACUUUUUAGUGAAAUAGGAAGUGAUAUAAAACAAGAUGAAGUUUUAAUAGACAAAUCUGCGAUUAUAUCAGCACCAGAAAUGGCAUUAUUGGCUGCCAAUAACUACUACAAGGUCAAGAUAUACAAAAGACCAGUGGUUGGAGUAAUAUCAACUGGAGAUGAGCUUGUUGACAUUAAUUUAAGCAAUGGGAAGCUACAAGAAGGUCAUAUACUGGACUCCAAUCGACCAAUGUUAAUAGAACUGGUGCGAUCUCAAGGAUACGAAUGUGUAGAUUGUGGCAUUGUCAAGGAUGAGUAAGUUGAUUCAUUUGAUAUGUUAGUUAUUAGGAUAUUGAAGAGUAAUAAGGUUUGUGAAAGAGUUUGAAGUGCUUUUUAAAUUAAAAAAAUUUGUGUUACAGUAGAGAAACAUUGGUAGAUCAUAUUAAGAAAAUGGCUGAAAAGUGUGAUGUCCUUGUGUUCUCUGGUGGUGUUUCGAUGGGAGAUAAGGUAAAAAUAUAAUAUUAAUAUACAGUAUAGUAAAAAAUGUUUUACUGCAUGAAAAUCAUUUUUGUAUACACUUUUGUCAUCUUACUGUUGUAGUAAAAGCGAUAACGAGGCUUAUACACGAUUAAAAAAGAAAAAUGUAGAGUAAAGAUACCUUGCUUAGGACUUACUGAAGCCAAUUCUGCAGCACGACCUCAAUUUCGACAUCAAAUUCGGUCGUGUGUUUAUGAAGCCAGGUCUUCCCAAUACUUUCGCUGUUGGCAAUUUGCAUAACCGACCGAUAUUUGUCUUCGGACUACCUGGAAACCCAGUCAGUGCUUUUGUAUCUUCACAUCUCUUCUUAUUUCCAUUUUUGAAACGAAAAAGUGGUCGAAUUAAUGAUGGAUGUAAUCCUUCUGUCUCUACAACAAUAUCAAACCUAAAAGAAUAUUCAAACUCUACACAAACAUCGUCGAAUGAACUAAAAUCAUCAAAUGGUGCUUCACCUACAACAACGUCCCUGAUCUCUAAAAUUACAGUAUCCUUGGGUCGAGACCUGAAGCUGGAUAGACGACCAGAGUAUGCUCGAGCUGUGUUGAGACUAGAAGAUGGUCAAUGUUGGGCCGAUGUGUUGACAACGAAUCAAGUAUCAUCUCGGUUACUGAGUGUCACAAAGUCGAAUCUGCUUCUGGAGCUACCGCCGGCUACAGAAGAGAAACAGACGUGUAGUCAAGGGGAAAUGGUUAAAGCUAUUGUUAUUGGUCCUAUCAACACAUAG